AUGGACCGAGCUAGUGAAUUUGAACAAACAUUUGUUGAGACAGUUAUUACAAGAUGUUUAUUUUUACUUCUGAUAACUUCAUUUGUCUUGGCAAAUGCAAAGGAAGAAACGCACGAUGACUUGAUACAAAGCAUCCAAUCUAUAGUGGAGAGGAAGGACCAAGUUGAUGAUGACGCAAUACUGCAAGAAUUAAAAAAUCUUUUUGAGGAUCAAGGAAUCGACUUCAACAAAGUUAUGACAGAUAUUUCAUUUAUAUCUGGAAUUCCUGGAAUCUUUACAAACGGCGACGCAAGACGAUGGUCCAGCUUAAAUUUUGCUCGUCAAACUGCUUGUUAUCAGGGCAAGACUGGCAGUUUGAUAAAUGAGCUUAUAUUCUCGUACACAACAUAUGUGGGAUAUGGAUGUUACUGUGGUGGUGGACAUUAUCGAGGAAAUUACUUGGAUCAAACAGAUCUUUGCUGCAGACAUCACGAUCUAUGCUACGGACAAGUAUCACAGAAGUACGGACUGAAACAUGGAUGUCACACUUACACUACUUCUUACAGCAUGUCCUGUUGCGAGGAUAAGAAGAUAACGAAAUGCACCGAUACCGGACCCAGUGCAAGUAGAGCAUUGUGUGAUUGUGAUCAGGAAGCAGCAAAAUGUCUUGCCAGUAAAGCAGCUAAAAGCUCUUACAAUGCAGCAUAUAUGAAGAAUAGAAGCCAAUGCCAAGAUCACCCAGGGAUAGAUACGAAAGUACUAAGCGCGAUGGAUAUAUUGAAAACAUGCAAACACAUCUUGAAACCUACCAAGACUUUUUAUCAGACAAUUAGAUCACAAGGAAAAUGUCCCAAAACGAAGACGUCAUCAUGGUUUUGGGCAGGAAACCUGAAGACAUCCGGGGGAAAAGACAAUUUGGAGGAAAAACUAAAUUAUGAAAUGGACACUAUCUGACAUGAACAUUGAAUCGUUCUAUUAGAUAUACCUACGCAUAUAGACGGAAAUUUACUAUAUAUAUUAAUAAACAAGAAAGUUACAUGUAAGUCCUACCACCUCGAAAUGAUUACAAAAUCCUACUCCAGCUUAAAAUUGAACCACAUUUUCAACUUGGCCAUCUCGGAUUCAAAUAGAAACACUUUAACAGCAAAUCCAAGUUUUCUCCGUGAACUCGUGUAAAGAUAAAUUUGAAUGCAAAUUUGGAAUUAGCGAACCCUCAGAUUCAAGUUUUUUUUCCUUCAAAAAACGCAAUAGCUACUUGUGUAUCAGUUACCACUUUUCUAUAUUCUUGUUUGAUUGAAGUUGUAAAAACAGCAUAUAAAAUAUUAGUUUUGUAUCUUC